AUGAGCCAAACGCUUUCAGCGCCGGGCCCCUUGGCCUUCGAGGGGCACGCCAAUACCCCCGCGAUUCAUCUCCCUGAUGGGACGGUGCAGCAGCCCUUUCUUACGCCAGUUCAACAUCCUGCAGCUUUUCGCAAUGGCCACGUCAACUUAGAUACUUUUUCGCCUGUCAAUGAAAAUGGAAGUUUUGAGUUCGACCGAGUCUUGAAGUCCCAGAAAGUAAACCGCCGCGUGAAGCCAAAACAUGUAUUCAGAGCCUUUUGGAAGCCUGCAUAUCUCGUUCUACGCCCGAAUCUAUUAUCAGUCUACAAGGAUGAAGAAGCGACUCGACUUCGAGCGUCCAUAUCACUCUCCGAGGUCACUGCCGUCGCUCCUAUCAAAUCCCACCGAUCCUCCCGGCAAAAUGUCUUCGCAAUAUUUACGGGAUCCAAGAACUACCGUUUCCAAGCGUUGUCGGACAAAGAUAUGGAAGAUUGGAUUGAGCGGAUACGCGCCGAGAGCCGCAUAAACGAAGAUGAGGAGGCUCUUUUUGCACUCUCUAAAAAGCGCGAUACCUCGGUUCCAAAUAAACAGCGCAUCUAUGAAACCACAGAUCACUCAGAUAAUGAAUGCCCGGAGAGGGCAAGCUCUCCUGAAUUUGGUCGGGAGCUGCCUUCUACAGUACGAUCAAGGCGGCUUAUGGCUCCCCAGGAAUACUCUGCAAAUGACGUUACGUCGUAUUCUGAAUGGUCAGAUGGGCCUGGGAGCAAUGCGAGCGUUCACUCCAGGUCAAGGCCCUCGUUCCAAGACUUUUCUUCGUCUGCGCCGGCGAGUCAACCAUCUGCGCUUCCGCGGGAAGGAAGCAAGAACCAUGAACUAUCUGCCUUGCGCGACCCGGAAAGGGUCAUUUGCAAUGGUUAUCUCCAGUGUCUCAAAGUCAAGGGUGGUGUGCGGCACUGGAAACGAUUAUGGGUUGUGCUGCGGGCAAAGAGCCUUGCGUUUUAUAAGAACGAACAGGAAUAUUCGGCCGUCAAAAUCAUCCCAAUGGAGCAAAUCUUCGACGCCACCGAGGUAGAUCCCGUGUCCCGUUCUAAGAAAUUUUGUCUUCAGAUCAUUGCAGAAGAGAAGAUAUAUCGAUUAUGCACUUCCGAUGAAGAGUCUCUCACAAAAUGGCUCGGUGCUCUAAAGAGCAUCCUUGUCGGGCGGAAGAAAAAGGAGAACCCGUCUGGGACAUCAUAG